AUGGAGAGCAAAACCCCACUGCCCUCGCCUACCCCGGUCUCCCCACUGCCCUCGCCUACCCCGGUCUCCCCACUGCCCUCUCCUACCCCAGUCUCCCCUCGCCAACCCGGGUCUCCCCUCAAUUACCCCGGCGUCCCCUCACCUACCCCGGUCUCCCCUCACCUACCCCGGUCUCCCCUCACCUACCCCGGUCUCCCCACUGCCCCCGCCUACCCCGGUCUCCCCACUGCCCUCCUCUACCCCGGUCUCCCCUCACCUACCCGGUCUCCCCACUGCCCUCUCCUACCCCGGUCCCCCCACUGCCCUCUCCUACCCUGGUCUCCCCUCACCUACACCGGUCUCCCCACUGCCCUCGACUACCCCGGUCUCCCCACUGCCCUCGCCUACCCCGGUCCCCCCACUGCCCUCUCCUACCCCGGUCUCCCCACUGCCCUCUCCUACCCUGGUCUCCCCUCGCCUACCCCGGUCUCCCCUCGCCUACCCCGGUCUCCCCUCACCUACCCCGGUCUCCCCUCACCUACCCCGGUCUCCCCUACCUACCCCGGUCUCCCCUCGCCUACCCCGGUCUCCCCUCACCUACCCCGGUCUCCCCUCACCUACCCCGGUCUCCCCACUGCCCUGGCCUACCCCGGUCCCCCACUGCCCUCCUCUACCCCGGUCUCCCCGCACCUACCCCGGUCUCCCCACUGCCCUUUCCUACCCCGGUCCCCCCACUGCCCUCUCCUACCCUGGUCUCCCCUCACCUACCCCGGUCUCCCCACUGCCCUCGACUACCCCGGUCUCCCCACUGCCCUCGACUACCCCGGUCUCCCCACUGCCCUCGCCUACCCCGGCAUCCCCACGCCUACCCCGGUCUCCCCACGCCUACCCCGGUCCCCCCACUGCCCUCUCCUAACCUGGUCUCCCCACGCCUACCCCGGUCCCCCCACUGCCCUCGCCUACCCCUGUCCCCCCACUGCCCUCGCCUACCCUGUUCUCCCCACGCCUACCCCGGUCCCCCCACUGCCCUCUCCUACCCCGGUCUCCCCACGCCUACCCCGGGCCCCCCACUGCCCUCUCCUACCCCGGUCUCCCCACGCCUACCCCGGUCCCCCCACUGCCCUCUCCUACCCUGGUCUCCCCACGCCUACCCCGGUCCCCCCACUGCCCUCUCCUACCCUGGUCUCCCCACGCCUACCCCGGUCCCCCCACUGCCCUCACCUACCCUGGUCUCCCCACCCCUACCCCGGUCCCCCCACUGCCCUCUCCUACCCUGGUCUCCCCACACCUACCCCGGUCCCCCCACUGCCCUCUCCUACCCUGGUCUCCCCACGCCUACCCCGGUACCCCCACUGCCCUCUCCUACCCUGGUCUCCCCACGCCUACCCCGGUACCCCCACUGCCCUCUCCUACCCUGGUCUCCCCACGCCUACCCCGGUCCCCCCACUGCCCUCGCCUACCCCUGUCCCCCCACUGCCCUCGCCUACCCCGGUCCCCCCACUGCCCUCGCCUACCCCGGUCCCCCCACUGCCCUCGCCUACCCCGGUUCCCCCACUGCCCUCGCCUACCCCGGUCCCCCCACUGCCCUCGCCUACCCCGGUCCCCCCACUGCCCUCGCCUACCCCGGUUCCCCCACUGCCCUCGCCUACCCCGGUCCCCCCACUGCCCUCGCCUAUCUUGGUCCCCCCCCUCCCUCCUCCACCACCACACUCCAGCCUUAUCAAUGAGAGCCCAGAGGGAAAUCUGGCAGUGACCAGCUCCAGCAGCGAGGCGAGGAAGCUUCUCCUCUCUUCCAUUCCACUAGCGUGA